CUUGUUCAUCAUAGCAUAAGUCAAAAGUCGCGACCCUUUGAACUUCUAAAAGCAUGACCUCUUUGAUUUAGCUUUAUUUAGUUAAGAAUUAAGCACAUGAUCGCAAGUUAAAAACAACGGACCUCGCCGAAGAAGAAAGCAGUCGUUUGAUCAAAUUCUUGUUGUAGGGAAUGAUGCGCUGAUAAAAAUGGCAUACGAACCUCGCGAGUAUGGAGGUGGUCGCGAUCGGGAUCGGGAUAGGGAGGGAAGGGGAAGAAGAGAUGAUGGGGCAGCUGGAGAGGGGGCCGGUAAUGAAGGGACUUUUGUGAGGGGACGAGGUCGUCGUAAGUGCAAAACCUCCAUCUUUCGAGUCGAUCAGAAUACGGAGAGAAAAUCUGUACCUCUUUGUCCUAUGGAAAGUCCAAUGGACUAAUACUGUACAGGUCCUGUCACUGACUAUAGCUCUACUAUGGUCCAUUGGAUGCGUAAUCGUCAGCCAAGGUACAAAGGUGGUUACCAAGGCGAAAUGGAAAGACCCAGUCCAAGCUACAUGAUAGAUGUAAGUAUAUUUGAGUUGACUGCAAAGGUUAAAUUUAGAAAUUUGCGUCUGAUCAUUCAUAGAUGUUACCACCAUUAGCAAGACUUCAUAAUGCAGCAGAUUCGGUACCAGGGAGACAUCUACAUUCGUCACUUAAUAAGAUUAAGCAUCCUGUCAAUGUGGUAAGGUGGACACCAGAAGGUCGACGGUUGCUCACAGCCUCGAGUAGUGGAGAAUUUACUUUAUGGAAUGGUGCGGGCUUUAACUUCGAGACAAUUAUGCAAGCACAUGAUGUUGCUAUCCGAGCCUUGUCUUAUUCCCAUAGUGAUGACUGGUUGAUAUCAGCUGAUCACGAUGGAGUGAUCAAAUACUGGCAGCCGAAUUUUAACAAUGUCAAAGUCAUUCAAGGACAUGACGACCCUAUAAGGGAUCUCGCAUUUAGUCCGAACGACUCGAAAUUCGUCACGGCCUCCGAUGACUCUACGCUAAAGAUUUUCGAUUUCGCUGGCGGUGUUGAGGAAUCCACUCUCUCUGGUCAUGGAUGGGACGCAAAAAGUGUUGAUUGGCAUCCGACUAAAGGAUUACUUGUUUCUGGAUCGAAAGAUCAUCUUGUCAAAUUAUGGGAUCCGCGUACUGGACGAUGUUUGACGACUCUUCAUGGACAUAAGAAUACUAUCACAAAAACCGUCUUUGAGCCAGUUCGAGGCUACUGCUUAGCCACUUCCGCUCGAGACCAAACCGCACGAGUAUUUGAUUUGCGUAUGAUGCGCGACGUAUGUUUGCUUAAGGGGCAUGAAAAGGACAUCUCUACCUUAGCAUGGCACCCUAUUCACCCUUCCCUCCUGAGUACCGGCGGCGCCGAUGGGUCUCUUUUUCACUACCUAUUAGACGAGCCUAAUAAUCCUCCUGGAACUGAACCGUCUAUAGCUCCUUAUGAUAGUCCGGAUCCUACUACUACACCGGCUCAAACUAUCUAUCCAGCUCACAAACUAACAUACGCUCAUGAAUUUGCCAUUUGGUCGCUUGAUUGGCAUCCUCUUGGUCAUAUUUUGGCAUCAGGGUCCAAUGAUCGAAUCACUCGGUUCUGGACACGUGUACGACCGGGUGAUACUGAUACAUUCAAAGACCGCUAUCACAUUGGCGACUCGGCUGCCGAGGCGCAAGGAACCUAUGAUCGUCGCGGGGGACGACGACAACGUCAAGAGGAAGAAGAUCAAGAAGCUGAAGACGAAAUGGAGGGCUUAGUCGAUCAGAAAAUGCCUGCAAAAUUACCUGGUUUUGCCACAGGAAUACCUGGUCUGCCACUACCUGGCAUGGGAGCCAUACCUGGUAUGAAUCGUGUUCCUCCUCCACCACCUCCUCCUAUGCUCAGUGGAGGGAAUAUCCCACCUCCACCUUUACCGGGAAACUUAGAUGCAAGUACUCUAGCACUUAUGAUGAAAGCCGGCUUACCUCCUCCCGGAGCAACGGGCAUGCCACCUCCACCACCAAUGCUCCCACCGAACUUUCAACUUCCACCUGGUUUCGUUGUUCCCCCACCUCCUCCUGGUAUGCCAAUACCUGGACUGGAAAAUGUAGAUUUAUCGAGUAACGGUGGUGGUAUCAGGAAACGAGGACCAUUACCUAGUCAGGAAGAAAGUUUACAGGCGAUGCAGAGACAGGGGAAAUUCAGGCCACCACGAUAAAAAGUCGUCGGUACUAGUGUGGAGGAGCUUCGGAUUGUAUAUCAGAACAAAGCAUUUCAGGUGAACUGAAGCAUCAGGCGUUCGGGUGGAUUGUAAUCUAGUUGUGAUGAGAUUUCGCAAGUUAUCCCUAUUCACGUAUGUACGUACACAUGUGGAAAUGAGCAGCAACUUUGUUCUGGGACAAAAAUUGAAUUUACUUGAUGAU